AUGGUCGCAUCAGCCAGCAGCCCCGACUCCGUAGCUGCCAUCCUCACAUCAGCAACAAAACCGCACUCAAGCGCAACACGGUCCUACAGGGCUCUUGCCUUCCUCAACUUCUUCUUCCACCGCGUCACUCGCAGUGGGCCUAGACUCCUGCUGUACCUGGCAAUUCUUCUCGCCUCGUUGCUCGCCCUGACCAAAUGCCUGCCCUCGAGCGUCUCCAACCGAAUCGUCAGCAGCACAAGCCACCUUUGGGAAUUCCGGCCCAGCGGACUCGGUGGUAGUCGUGGUGCCUCCAAGGGCCAGUCGGUCCUCGUGCCGGGUGAGAACAAUGCACACGAUGCGCUGGCCGGCGGCGGUCUGAGGGUCGUCGUGUUUGGCGAGAACGACAUUGCGACGUCCGUGUUGUCCGACGUAGCAGAUGCCCAAGGCGUCAUCAAUGACACGUCUUGGACGAAGGAGCUGUGUAUUGAUCUCGGUUGCACGACGUACAUUUCCUGCGUCCCCGUGCUCGAUUCGCCGCACCGUUCGCUGAGCAGCAACUCUCUGUACGGCGCAGCCGUCGACGAGGCCUUGCGAGAUUCUAAACAGCACGUGCCAGCGGACGACUUUACGUAUGUGUCCGAACAGUAUCCCAUCCCGUGGGAGGCACCCGAUCUGUACACGCAGGUCGCCCAGUUUCUCGAGCAGCCGGCACCGCAGCGACCGCCCAAGGAGACCGUCUGGGUAUUCGCACCGGGCAUGUGGGAUGUCUGGUCGCUGGCGGCAUUUCCGGCCCAUACGGCCGAGGCGUACGUGACGAGCAUGGUCUAUGACCUGUUCUCGACCAUUGAGAUGCUCUAUGACGCCGCUCAUGACGCCACGUCGAUUGCGUACUCAAAGUACAACGCUGUCCCCCUCGACGACGACAUCAUUUUGGCAUCCGGCAACAACACGGCCAACAUCAACAACCCCGACGGAGCUGCAGGCCAGAACUCGGACCUGAAGUGGGAGGACACCACGUCCGAACCGUUCCGUGUCGUGAUCCCGCUUCUGUUUGACCCGUCCCUUAUGCCCGCCUGGCACCUCGACCGCCCCAACGCGCCCGACCUGCACACAAAGCCCGAGCAUCUACACAAUGCUGUGCGCCUCACAAAGCUGUGGAACGACUUUGUCUUGGACGGGAUGCACAAAUGGUCCAAGAAGAACGCUACCUUUAUCCACCCGGACGACCGUGUUGGCGCUGACGCCGAAUCCACCGAACCCGCCGAAUCCGCCGCUGCUGGUGCCAGUCCAUCGUCUUUGACAGGCACUAUCACUGGGACGACAAACGACUUGCCCAGCCAUUCGGCCAAACGUCGUCAGGAUAUCGACCGCCCACCUGUCCCUACGCUCCUCCGAGAUGGCAUUCUUUUUCGCAUGUCCGACUACCUGAUGGACGUGAUCAUCGACGGCCAGAUGCGGGCGCGCGGCAUUGUCGACAAGAAGGGCUUUGGUAAGCUGCCCAAGUCGGAUCGCUAUUUGGAGGUCGACAAGCCCUGUGUAGCUCCUCAAGUCAUUGGUCUCCCAACGGGGACCAGCAAGAUCACAACCGAGCUCCGUUUUGAAGAGGACAAGAAACAAGAAGAGGACAAGCAGGGGGACGGCGCCACUGACAGCCCGACGCUUACGUUCGUGGCCCCGGGCCCACUGACCGGUACCAACACGCAGGUGGAGAACCCGACCCAUACAUAUGUCGCACCGGGCCCGCCCACCGGCACUGCGCAGCCAAAGAAGGCCCGGAACAACGGCCCCAGCCUGAACUUCGUCAAGAGUCGAUUCCGGAGCAAAAUUGUGCACAAGGACGUCGUGUCCGCACCAGCCGUGCCGGCACUGACCAAGAAACUCGCGGUGUGCGAAGAGCCCGAUGACCACCUCUUCUUCACGUCCUUUAGUCUCGGCCGGCGCGCCAUUGAAGAAAUCGGGCGACUGGCGGCGGCUGUUGUGCGCGCGAGCCCCGCUACGCGGUCGGCUUGGGAGAUGAACCGCCGAUCGAGCUUUGAGAAGGACCGAAAGCCUGCGUCGUGGAAGGAGUAUUACCACUCAUAG